AUGAAGAUCCUCUGUGUUUUGGUUCUGCUUGGCUUCAUUGCCUGCAGUCAACAAUUUAAACUUCAGCGCCGCUUUCCAUCAGGGCCGCCCCCAGGUGGAGCACCGCCCCCAGGUGGAGCGCCGCCCCCAGAUGGAGCGCCGCCCCCAAGUGCCGAUGGUGGGGAUGGUGAGGAUGAUGAUGAUGAUGACGAUCAUCACGACGUGAACGCCGAGGAUGUUAAGGAGCACAUCGUCAAGGCGACGGAAGACAUAGGGGAACUCAUCAAGAAGAUCUCAGACUUCCAGGACGUCGUCAACGCCGACAACGCAAACACAGAAGAACAUUGGCAUGAAAUUGCGGAUCACUUUGAAAAGGUUUCGGAGAGUAUAAAAGAAGACGUCGGACACCACAUGCACGAGCUAAGUCGUGUGUUUGGACACCUGACAGGUGAACUUAUAUGCAAGGACAUGGUUGAACUUGCUAAACAUUACGAAGAAAACGUAGACGAACCUAUUGAAAUAGAAAAAGUAAAAGAAGCCACACUUAAAGAUUCAGAAUGUUUGAAAGACCAACUCAAAGAUCUGCUCCAGCUGCCAAAACCAGAAGGAGAGCCGACCAUUCCUGAAAUCUUGGAACAUGUCUCUAAGUUUUUGUCCAAGUUAAGCAUCUUCACCAUGAACUCCAAAGCCUUUCAUCAUGCGACGCACACGAUACACCGUUGGUAUAUGGAAGAGAAAGGUGGAAGCGCUGCUAGUGGAGCAAGUGGAAGCGCUGCUAGUGGAGCAAGUGGAAGCGCUGCUAGUGGAGCAAGUGGAAGCGCUGCUAGUGGAGCAAGUGGAAGCGCUGGAGCAAGUGGAAGCCCCCCGGCAAACGUUCGCCAACUCGAGAGAGAGUUGCUCAGCUUCCUGAAGAAACGCAACAAUUUUGCUCGUCGCUCACUGUACCGGAACUACUAAACUGCGCAGUCGCGCUCAGUGGUCGUGAUCAACCAAUGAACUCUGGUUUUACAAACUGAUACUUUGAAAUCACUGGUUUUCGUUAUAAAUCGUGGACUUAAGAACACAACCAAAACGUAAUACAAGUGUGUACAGAUAAUACACAUUUAUAAUACUACCUUUUCGAUCCACGAAUUUAAGUAUCGAAUGAAAUGUAUUUAUAAAUAUAGUUGUUGUUGAUUUUUUUUUUUUUGAUUUUUUUUUUUUUUUUUGAUGAUGAUACUAUUAAUUCGGUAAAUGAUACAAAAUGGAUCUAAAAUGUUAAAAAAGCAUCAGUUUCGUCAACAACAACAACAACAACAACGACGACGAUCACGACGCAUGUGUACAUUUUAUUGUAGUAUCUAGUUUUACACUUUAGAUAAUCGGAUAAGUUAGUAAUGCUUUUGUUCCGAGAAUAUUGGAGUGUUUUUUUGUUUUGAAAUGUAUGGCAUUUUGGACUGAUAGAUUUGGAAAAAUAUAACCUUGAAAAUGUACAAAUUAAUAAAGCAAUGUCAUGCUUUGAUUCAGUCUCCAAAUAAAUGUAUUACAAGAAAAAAUUGUAAUUAUAUUUUUAGGAAAUAAGUGAAAUAUUUUGCACAUGAAAUUAAUAAAAAUAUUUGUAUACCUAACAGACAUGUGAGUGGGCCCAUACAGGAAUCUCACCACCCCCUGGAACCACUCCUCGUAUGUUUGAGUACCUGUUUGAGGUUGAUAACAUGGUGUGUUUUUUUACUUGUUAUAGACCUAUGUAACAUGCUUUUAGAAUCCUGUUUCUUACAAAUUGUAGUUUUAAUGAGUUACAAAUAAAACUAUGGUACACCAAAACAAAGCUCGUUUUCGUUUGUUGUUAUUUAAUGAGGAUUCCUAUAAUACUACCUCUAGUACCACGAUCACCACCACAACUACCACCACCACCACCACUACCACCAUCACCACCACCACCACCACCACCACCACUACCACCACUACCACCACCACCACCACCAUUACCAUCACCACCACCACCUAUUAUUUUAAUACUACAGAGGUCAACGUACUUGUUAUCUUCAUAGACAAAUUUCAAAAGAUAAUUCAAAUGUUAAGUUUUUUUUUUUAAUUAUGAGGAAUAAUUUCCUAAACCGAACUAUAUUAAGCCCCCCAACCCCCCCCCC